AGAAUCCUACGAAAGGUGAGUUGAGGAAAAAGAGGGAGAACAUAUAUAUGCCUCCUUUCCUAUGGCUUUCCAAAAAAUAUUUAUAUAUGUCCACUUCUGUUAGUGUCAUAUGGAUAUUAAUAUUUCAUAUUUUAAGAAAAUUCAAUGUGUGUAUAUUACAGAUUUACAAAUUUUAUAGGAGACUAGAGUUAGAAUAUGUAUUUUUGUUUGAAACUGGGGACCGCCGUCAAACCAAAACCGCACUAAAUUUAAAUUUAUUCUUUUUUACCGCGCAAGUCAAAACCACCUCCCUUCUUCCACCCACGUGGCGGUUGUAAAACCCGCCCGGAGCCCCGGACACCGCUAAUGCAUCCAUCCCCGCUUCCCCUUUGACUACCCCUGGCCGGCUACCGGUCAACGUCACCACGUCCGCUAACUGACGCCGUGAGGCGACCCAACCGCCGCGCUCCACGUGCCGGCGCCGUCACCGCCCCGGCGGACGGCGUCCAACAUAAAACCGCCCACGCACUCACCCACUCCGCAAUUCCCCUCCCCCUCCUCCUGCUCCCCGAAACCCCCCGAUUCGAAUCCGGCGAGUUCGAUUUGGGGAUUUCGGCUCCUCGCUCCCGGAAAUUUCUUGGAUCUGAGGUCGGCUGCCGUCUUCGAUUUGCGGCUGGAGUUGGAGUUUGGGAGUUUUCCGGCUCGAUUUGGUCGGGGGGUUGAGAGUUUCGCUUGCGGGGAUGGCGUCGUCUCCGGUGUCGUACUGGUGCUACCGCUGCAGCCGCUCCGUGAGCGUGUCCCCAGCCACCGUUGUCUGCCCGGAGUGCGAUGGCGGCUUCCUGGAGCAGUUCUCGCAGCAGCCGCCCCGGGGCGGCGGCGGUAGCGGCCGGCGCGGAUCGAUGAACCCGGUCAUCGUGCUCCGGGGCGGAUCGCUGUCCGGGUUCGACCUCUACUACGACGACGGCGCGGGCGACGGGCUGCGGCCGCUGCCCGGCGAAGUCUCGCACCUCCUUAUGGGCUCCGGGUUCCACCGCCUGCUCGAUCAGUUCUCGCGUCUGGAGGCGGCGGCGCCGCGACCGCCGGCGUCGAAGGCUGCGGUGGAGUCCAUGCCGUCGGUGACGGUCGCUGGGGGCGGGGCCCACUGCGCGGUGUGCCAGGAGGCCUUUGAGCCCGGCGCCGCCGGGAGGGAGAUGCCAUGCAAGCACGUCUACCACCAAGACUGCAUCCUGCCCUGGCUCUCCCUCCGCAACUCCUGCCCCGUCUGCCGCCGUGAGCUUCCGGCUGCAGCCACCCCAGAUGCGGAAGCGGAUGCAGGGCUCACCAUCUGGCGACUUCCCCGCGGUGGAUUUGCCGUUGGGAGGUUCGCCGGCGGGCCCAGGGAGCAGCUCCCAGUUGUCUACACUGAGCUGGAUGGAGGCUUCAGUAACGGGGUCGGACCUAGGCGGGUGACAUGGCCAGAGGGAGAUGGGCAAGUGGACGGCGGUGAAGGCCGGAUUCGCCGUGUAUUUAGGAGUCUAUUUGGCUGUUUCGGUCAGGGCAGCCGCCAAGGAAGUUCGUCGCAAUCCCGUAGUGGUUGAGCACAGUUUUCCUUGGUAACUCAUUUUCGAUUCAUAGUGGUGAAAAACUAGUGUUAGUAUAAGAAGGGAACCCAGCUUAUAAUUUCUUGGGACUUUUGGUGUAAAUGAAGGCCUUGCAUUUUCCCCUCCUUUGUCUCAUGUAUCAUUUAAGGAUUAUAAGAUAUGGCUAUGAGCAAACAGUUUGGAAUGAGCUUGGACAGCAAAUUAGGUCCAACAGAAGGGGAAAAGCAGUCAAUUUAUUGAGGAAAUCAAUCGUUGCCAAGAUUGUAGGUAUAGCGAACAGUUGUUGUAUUCACAUCUCUACUAUUUGUGUAUAUAGCAGAUUGGUUCAAGAUGAAUUCCCAUUUUUGCUAUA